AUUAGUAACGUCGCAAUUAAAGGAAAUAGCCAAGCGCACAUUGCCUUUCCCCUUGUAUCCGAAAAAGAAAAAUGUUUUUCUCUCCCUCAACCGUUUCUUUUACCUAUCCGACUAAAAGUAUGGAGCUCCUCUCACCCUAAUCCAUCCAAUUAGAGAUUCAAUCGGAGAUUCUAGAGCUUAAUUAAAGAUUCUGGAGCACAAUCGGAGUUCUUCUUGCUGGUGUGCUGCAGUUGAGUUCAUUGCCCUGCCAUUGAUUUAUCUCCAGGCUGGAAGGUGCACCACAUUUUAGGGAAAAGUUCUAUAGAAUGGGGCUGUCUGACAAGGAUAUUUUUGCACUAUAUGGGGGUGAUACAUUGGAAAUUCUGUCCCUCCUUGCACUAUAUGGGGGUGAUACACUGGGGGUUGCUGAAACUUCCGACCUAUGCAGCUUUAGUGGAGGAUCCUGAGUUCCGUAAAUAUAUUGAUCUGUAUGCAAAGGUUCUAGUAGCAGAGUUUUCAUAUCGACAAGGAUUCGUGGCAAAUCUUGGUAUUGGAGAUUACCUUCGACGUAGUUGGAAGGGGAAAACGAAAGGGGGUGAGAAACGGCGGAAAAGAAAACUUGAGAGACAAUUAAAUUUAGUAAAAGAAAAUUGUUCAGUUGUAGAAACGGGUGGCAUGGAAGAAAUUGCAUCCUCUUUCCGCGUCCAAGAUUGCUAUGUCUUGUGAGGAUGGAAAUAUGGUUGUUCGGGCAAAGAUUUCUCUUGGAGAAAGCUCCUUGGACCUCUGCACAGCUCCUUAAGGGAUUGGCACUUUGAUGUAUGUACUUGGUAGUUGGGCUCUUACUUGCCUGAUGUGCUACAAUAAGAGCUUAAAGUUAGUUCUGAAAGGUACCUUUGUGGGGCCUUAGGUGUAGGCCUUGAGGUUCGCAAUCAAAACUAACUAAAUGCUUAGGCGUGCCACUGCUAUCUCAGUAUAGUAGAUAUAGAACACGUGUGUUUUUUAGUUGAUUACUUGUGCCCUAAGUUACUCCAACUUCUUAUUAUCAAAGGAUUGUCAUGGAUGAUUUAAGUCCACAUUAAGUUCUUUUUCUUGCCUUGUAAACAAGGACUU